AUGACAAGUGUUCCACUUCCGGACGGCUUGACGUGUGCAUUGCUGAAGGAGGCGAAGGGUGCGGAGGUCGCAUUCUGGAUCGGUCAGGCCAACACCGCUGCAGGGAAGAGGGUUGUGACGAAGAACGGCCAUAUCGACGAGCAGCGGAAGAGGCUCACAAACUACUAUGGCCUCGACCUUUUGGCUGAGGAUCCAGUUGUCGCUGCUGUCGUGCCGAAGACACACGAAGACCAUAUCAAGCAACGCCAGUUCAGCUGGCUCCAGGAGCUCGGGGAAGAGUGGAGCAGCGCGGCCGCUUGUGGAAAGGAAUUUUUCCUAUCCGACGGAUCUUCCGGUACGUCGUCUUCUGCGUUCCUGAACUCUCGACUGAUGUGUUUUAUGAGCCCUACUAGUAUGUUUCUCCCGUUUCUCGUGCUGAUCUCUCAGCAAUUGCAGGUGCUGGUGCCCACCACAUCAAUGGCUCAGUCUGUGCACCCUGUCACGAUCUUUGCCCAACCUGGGUCAAUGCCACUCGUACUUCGAGGGGACGGCUCAGCACUUCCUCCAUUUGUUGCACCCAACCAUACUGCCACCGUGCAGAUGUCUCCUGGCUCGUCGGUGCCACUUUUCACCGAGGCUCCUGUUGUCCUGCCCCGCACUGUCAAUGACGUGGCGGUACUCAACAGCUGCCAGCUUGACAUGGAGAGCAUCCAGCGUGCCCAGGACCUCCGUGACGCUAUUCAACAGGUCGAAGAUGGAACAGUGAGCCGUGUGCGUGAACACUAUGGCCCCCGAGAUGGCAGAGCCACCGACGAGAUGUGGGGGCAUCUCAAGGGCAAGAUCACGAAGCGCGAGCGGCUGUAUGGCCUGCUCGCCGGUGCUUUCAAAGGUGACAAACAUUGCUUUUUUGAAUUUUUCACGGUCUCUGCUGCCUCUGGGAGCAAGAAGCGGCGGGGUGCUAGUGAGCCAACACUGGUAGCAUUGCGAAUGGUUGUCGAAGCCAUCCCUCGCUGUCAGAAGGACUUGCGGGACGAGAGAAGGAAUACCAGAUAUGUUGACCCAGCGAGUGGUGAAUUCUCCGAUGAGUUGUGGAGGGCUGUCUGGGGGGAUAGAAAUGACUGGUAUGUCUGGUGA